GCUGCACCUCAAGACAUGUUAGUGGCUCUAAUCGAGCGAUCCUCUGAGCUUAAGGCGCUGGCCGCCCGUCACUCGGAAUUCUUCAAUCUCAUCUACAGCAGCCUCUCUAAGGCCGUCCGCGACGAUUUCAAGAAGCUGCUUUUCAUGCCAAGGGAAGAGCUCUCGGAUCGAGACUGGAUGGACGCCAUUACUGACAGACUUAGCCCCCUGCCUCCAUGCAUCCUCGAAAAGUUCAAGGGUAUCGUCGGCUGGAUCGGACCUGACUGCGAAGGGGAUGAAAAUCAGGUCCAAAUCAAGUGGCUGCGAGAUAUUGAGGACUUUACUCUCGAGACCUUCAAGCAGUGCUAUCCACAGUUCUUCAUCAAUGCGAACGAGCAACUGAGAGGCCGGCGUAUGUCUCAUGGCGGGGACCAGCGAGACCAAUAUGUGAUCUUUUGCGAGACCCUAGGCCUGACCCGGACGGACCUUCCCUGCGAUAACGCCUGGGCCAGACGCAUGAACGGCUGUCUCGAAAAACAUCCAGAGCUGCUGUUGCAGCUCAAGGAGAUUAUCGCGUACGAGGUUGGAUACGACGAUUAG